GCGAGCGCAACUUUUAGCAGACAACAAGUCAUCAAGAAGAUACAGUGAUAAACAGUUGUAAACUUUACUAAACAUCAAAAACAAAAUGGGUUGCAAAGGUUGCGGAAAUAACUGCCAGUGCUCGGCCACCAAAUGCGGCGACAACUGCGCCUGCAGUCAGCAGUGCAACUGCGUCUGCAAAAAUGGACCCAAGGACAAAUGCUGCUCAAACAAAAAUUAAGUGGCUUUGCUUAAACAACACCUUCCAUUGGAAAUGAAUUUUAACAAUUGAAAAGUAAAUAAAAUAUAAAUUAUCGAACAUUCUGCAAAUUAAAAUUGUAAUCUUACUAUAUUAGAUGAAUUAAAAAGCCGAUGGUUAAUGUUUAAAAUCAAAUCUUUAUUGGCCAUUUUGACAAGAAUAGUUCAUUAUUUAGUUCUUUCAAUUCGUAAUAUUGCUUACAUUAAAAAAACUCCAUUUAAAUCAUUUAAUGUGCACAUUUUCAAAUAUAUUCCCGAAUUAUCAGAGUUUGUUUACUACUUUGCAAUCGUUGGGAAUGUGUGCAUUAGGUUUUUACAUUGAAACAUUUAAAAAUAGAAAACUUUACGUUCAACACGAACACACAUAAUGAAUUUGUUUGUCGUUGAUCAAAUUGAAUUUGCUUUGACAGCUGCACAAAAAAUGUGUAAUUAACUUUAUUAUAUAUUUGUGUAUAUAUGUAUAUUAUAUGUAUAUAGUAUUUAUUGAUUAAUUUUGGGUACUUAAGUGUUAUAAAAUUCUUACAUUUCACGUUCAAAGCUUAGGAAUAUACACAAAAAAAUAGUAAAAUUUACGACUCAUCUCUUUAUUAACAUUCUUUUUGUAUAUAUAUCGUGUUUUCUCUUCUCUUUAUUGUGCUUUUGCAUCCUGGCAGAUAACAAACCCAACACUUUUAUUUAUUUACUUUUGACGCAUUUGUAAUGCAAUGCACACGUUGUCCUCGUUCAAACAAAAAUUAAAUAUAGUACAAUCAUGAAUAUUUUUCUGCAUUUUCAGCAUGGAAGCCAGUGAAACGGUUUUUACAUAAAGCAAAUAUAGAUAUACAAAUAUGUAGCAUUAUUAAUACGUACACUCGAAAAGUAUAACUAAUUUUGUAGCGCACCGCGUUUUGUGUGUGUUUGCGACUACGCAUCUAAAAAUAAUCUAAACGUAAAAUAAUUCUUUAAAAUUAAGAUAAAACUCACAAUUUUAGAUUCAACAAAUUUAGGCUUUAAACUAACUAAAAUCCACGCAUAUCUCUUAAUCCUUUAAAUGUUUUUUUCGUAUAAGUAGUAUUAUCUUGAUACACAGAAGAAGAAAUAUUACAAACAUGCAGAGACAUGCCAAUUUUCCAUACAAUUUAAAAUAAUAAAAAAAAAUAAUAAUAAUUAAUUUGUAGACUUGGGAAACAUAACAUCAUGUUCUGGGUAUGUCUGUUGUGUGUAGCUGUAGCUGUUCUUGGUGUUUUAUUGUGUGGGUGUUGAUGUGCAGCAAUUUGCAUGCAUUGCUCUUGUCGUUUAGUUGGUUCUUUUGGCGUUUCACAAAUGC